CUCUCUUGUCUCUCUCACUUUCUCUCUUCCUCUCUCCUUGUCGCUCCGCGCGGCACGGUUGAGCUGUCGAGCUUGCAGCUCGCCGGCUCCGAGUCGUCGCCGCCGCCCAGCUCGCCGAUUUCGCCUUCGGAACCGAGGUGCUUGUUUCAUUGUUGGCCGAUCAAAGUUCACCAUACUGUGAGCAAGACAGAAAAAUGGAUGUGAACUCUAUUAGAGAUGCAUUUGAUAGAGUUGCUAAAAAACAGAAGCUUUCAUAUUCCAAGACCCAAGAAGUGAUUGAUCAAAUCACUCAAGAAAUUUCAGGCUCAAUAGAGAAAAUUCAGAAUGCUCAUAAUUCUGAUUCUCGCUCAGACUACAAAGCUUUACUUGCUGAUCUCAAGACCAAGAUAAAAGAGAUGGCUCCACUGACUCUCUUAGAAGGCACACAGAAGGAUUUGAAUGUUGCACUUAGCAAGUAUUCAAAGCCUUUGGAGAAGUCCUUUAAUCCAGAUAUAUCCAAGGCUUACAGAAAUGUUGACCUUGAUACAGCCACAGUUAACUAUGUAAUUGCAAGCCAUUUCUAUAGACAGGGUCUUUUUGACAUCGGCGAUUGCUUUGUUACUGAGGCGAUGGAGCCAGAAUCUAUUGCUUCAAUAAGGUCGCCGUAUGUAGAGAUGUACCAGAUACUUGAAGCAGUGAAGAGUCGAAAUCUAGAACCAGCACUGAAGUGGGCUACUUCCAACUGUAGUAAACUUACAGCAAAUGGGUCCGACCUCAUAGUAAAACUUCAUCAAAUGCAGUUUGUGGAGAUACUACAAAGGGGAAACAGAGACGAGGCCCUUAAAUACGCGAGGAUCCACUUGGCACCUUUUGCGUCUGACCACUUGGUUGAAAUACAGAAGCUUAUGGGUUGUCUCUUGUGGGCUGGAAGGCUCGAACAGUCCCCAUACCCUGAUUUAGUAUCCCCUGCUAACUGGGACAAAUUGGCGGAAGAACUAACUAGGCAGUUUUGCGGUUUUCUGGGACAAUCCUUUGAGAGCCCUUUGGGCGUGACUGUAGCUGCUGGCUUCCAGGCUUUGCCACCACUUUUAAAGUUCAUGAACGUGAUGUGGGGAAAGAAGCAAGAGUGGCAGUCAAUGAAGCAAUUGCCGAUUCCGGUUGAGUUGGAUGAUGAGUUUCAGUUUCACUCUGUAUUUGUGUGUCCAGUGUCCAAGGAGCAAGCUACAGAUGAUAACCCGCCAAUGCUAAUGCCCUGCGGCCAUGUUCUCUGCAAGCAGUCAAUAGUGAAGAUGUCAAAGAACCUCUCCAAGCCCUUUAAGUGCCCCUAUUGUCCAACAGAUAUCGACUCAAAUCUCUGCAAGCCACUCUGUUUCUGACUUGUGCCACUUGUAUAACAGAGAUGUACAAGUAACUCUCUCUCUCUCUCUCUCUCUCUCUCUCUCUCAGUUGGACCAAAUUGCAUGUGCAUAAACUAGCUGUGUACCCACCAAAUGUGGUGACAAUCGUGGUCAUUCGUUGCUUACUGUUGGCAGCAUCUGUAAAUAGACAUUCUUUUGAUAUUCAUGUGGGAAUGGAAAUGCAAGUUGGUGUCUUGACGUUA